CAAGGUUAAAAUAUAAAACAGGAUGGAAUCACUUCUGUAGCACAAAAUGAAUACGGAUGUAAACAUAGAUGGAAAUGGAUGGAUGAUAAACAUGAGAUCACCAUGCAGAAACAAAUCCUCAAGAUCUUUGUUUGAUAUAAGAACUUUCUGGAAGAGAGUAUAAAUAUAUUUUAUGUAAGUGUCAUUACAAAGAUUUUACAUAUAUUUUUAAAUUUUGUCAAAUGGUAUCGUCAAUGGUAUCUUGAGAGUGUAGGUGUAGGUGUAGGUGGGAUGAAGAUCUGAGUAAAUUAUAGGUCAUCAUCGUCACUUUCAACUACACUUACACCUUCAAGAGCUAUUGUGGAGAAGAACUUGAUGAAGAUGAUUUGUUAAAUAAAUAUGAUAUUCAAAUGAUAUCUUAGUAUUAAAUGAAAAUUCGUGGAAUAAACAAUACGAUUAUGAUUUUACUAAUAUUGAUAAUGAAGGGAAAAGUUUUGCUCGUAAUGGUACUGAAUACCGUCAACCAUGUGGAUGA